CGACUUUCAAAAUGUUCGUCACCGGAUUGUCACGGUAUCUGAAAACUUUUCCCAUUGCACUAAUGGUAGCCUUUGCGUUUGCUCACACAAGUUUCGGUGGCCAACCCAUGUGUGGGUAUGUCGACUAUGCUUUGGCUUCUCCAAGUUUCAGUCAAUCCAUCGCGAAGACGCAGAAACUCUGCUUCAAUCUGUGUCUUGAUCAUCCAUCAUGUAAGUCCACUAACUACGUAUUAAAGACACGCCAGUGUGCUCUCAACAAUGCAUCGCACUUGGACGGCACUCGGAGGCUGAAGAUGAGAUCUGGCAGUUUCUACGCGUUCAAUGAAUCGACUGUUGACUGCAGCAUUUCUUCAACAGAGAUCCAACCUAGCGUGCUUGUCGACAAUGCAUGGAUUAAAAGGAGUUGCCAAGAUUUCGCAAUGGAAGGCCAUGUUGUGAGUGGUAUCUACACAAUCUAUCCUACUGCACUCAGCCAUGGUCUCCAGGUCUACUGCGACAUGGAGACUGACGGCGGAGGAUGGAUCGUCAUUCAGAGGCGUCAAGAUGGUAGUGUGGACUUCUACCGCGACUGGGCUGACUACCAGGUAGGCUUCGGCGACUUGUCUGGUGAGUUCUGGAUCGGGAAUGACAUCUUGCGUAAUCUGACUGAGAAGGGAACUUGGCAGCUACGGGUCGAUUUAGAGGACUGGGACAAUGUGGCGGUCUACGCAGAUUACGGACAAUUUCAAGUUCUCGGCGAUAAAUAUAAACUCUGGGUCGGUUCAUACAUUGCAAACAGCACGGCGGGAGACUCAUUGAGCAGUCACAAUGGUAAGUAUUUCACAACGAAAGAUCAGGACAACGACAAUGGCGUUUACAACUGUGCUGAAUUCUCUAAAGGAGGAUGGUGGUAUGACAACUGCUAUCAUUCAAAUCUCAAUGGCAUGUACAUGUACUACCAAACACAAGGUGAUCCAGCUUCUGAUGGUAUUGUGUGGAGUUCCUGGAAAGAAAUGUUAUCUCUGAAGAAAUCGAGUAUUAAAAUCAAACGUUUAUUGGUCUGAGUAAUUCCAACAAAA